AUGGCCAAAGGCGAAGGCGCAGAAAGCGUUUCCUCGGCUGGACUUUUACAGCAGAGUAUCCUCAAGCAAGAGGAGCUAAUGCGUCCCAAGAGAGAGAACAAAGGAAGACUAUCGAUAUGCAGUAAAGUGUGUUACGCCGUUGGCGGGGCCCCAUACCAGAUCACUGGCUGCGCCCUGGGCUUUUUCCUGCAGAUCUACUUGCUAGACGUGGCACAGCUGGACCCUUUCUAUGCCUCCAUCAUCCUCUUCGUGGGACGUGUGUGGGACGCCGUCACCGAUCCAUUGGUCGGCUUCUUCAUCAGUAAAACCUCAUGGAGUCGCUUCGGGCGCCUGAUGCCCUGGAUUAUAUUUUCCACUCCUUUUGCUGUGAUCUCCUACUUCUUGAUAUGGUUCGUGCCGGACAUCUCUGGGGGGCAGAUGAUGUGGUACCUUUUCUUCUAUUGCAUUUUCCAGACCCUCGUAACGUGCUUCCACGUGCCGUACUCGGCCCUGACCAUGUUCAUUAGCCAAGAGCAGAGUGAGCGUGACUCAGCCACUGCCUACCGUAUGACGGUGGAAGUGCUCGGCACUGUCCUGGGAACAGCCAUUCAAGGCCAGAUAGUCGGCAAAGUUGACACGCCAUGCAUUCCAGACCCACUGCUGUUGAAAAUGGCCAACUCUUCCUCGGUGGUCAUGGAGGAGGUGAAUGUCACCCAUGAAACAGGCUCACUGACAGAUACGAGAAAUGCCUACAUGAUUGCCGCUGGUGUCAUUGGUGGGAUUUACAUUCUUUGUGCUGUUGUCCUGUCUGUCGGCGUGCGGGAAAAACGAGCAUCUAUUGAGCUUCAGACGGAUGAGCCUGCUUCUUUCUUCCAAGGCUUGAAGCUGGUGAUGUACCACGGCCCCUACAUCAAGUUGAUUGCUGGCUUCCUUUUUACAUCGCUGGCUUUCAUGCUGGUGGAAGGCAACUUUGCUUUGUUCUGCACAUACACCUUGGGCUUCCGCAAUGAGUUCCAGAAUAUUCUCCUAGCCAUCAUGCUCUCUGCCACUCUGACAAUCCCCUUUUGGCAGUGGUUUCUUACUCGCUUUGGAAAGAAAACGGCGGUCUACAUUGGCAUCUCUUCAGCCACGCCAUUCCUCAUCAUGGUCGCGAUUCUGAAGAGUAACCUUGUGGUAACCUAUAUUGUGGCUGUCGCGGCCGGGAUUAGUGUAGCAGCCGCCUUCCUUUUGCCAUGGUCCAUGUUGCCAGAUGUCAUAGAUGACUUCAAGCUACAGCACCCGGAUUCCGCUGGGCACGAAGCCAUUUUCUUCUCCUUUUACGUCUUCUUCACCAAGUUUGCCUCUGGAGUGUCUCUCGGGAUCUCCACCCUCAGUUUAGACUUUGCUGGAUACAAGACUCGAGGCUGCAGCCAGCCAGAGAGGGUGAAUUUGACCCUGAGGCUGCUUGUCUCAGCCGCCCCUGUGGCUUUGAUAAUCCUGGGCCUCCUUCUCUUCAAGUUGUACCCCAUUGAUGAGGAGAGGCGAAGGAAAAACAAGAAGGCUCUGCAGGAUUUGAGGGAGGACGAGAGCAGUAACAGCAGUUCUGAGUCGGACUCCACAGAGCUAGCCAGCAUCGUUUGACCACCGGCUUUCCUUCGUUUCACUUGUUUACACACUGGGGGACCCUUAGGCGGGGAAGGGGGCGGAUGCGGCCUCUGUCGUACAGGAGCGAUGCUGACUUACUCCCGUGGAAGGGGG